GUCACGCAAUAAUGGAGGCUUUGAUGGUGACAUGGGGUUCCCACCUCUCAGACCUCGUUGCCUUUCCCUACUGGGCUACAAAUUUACCAACAGCCUCCAACUCUUGACCAUACCCUUUGAAACAAGAAGAAAAUGACAAAUGAGAGUCUGUCAAGGUUCCUCAGUUGCGCUUUGUGCGGGGUCGAUGGCGAAAUGAUAAGAUCUUACCCUUGAUACUUGUUGGAGUACCUGAUGAAUGGUGAAUUGGCAGCAGUGCUUGCGCGAUGAGACGAAGCUAUGGCGAGCUGUCGCGGGGCUCGUAGCGAAGCUCGACGAAAUGGUCCGAUGGUCCUUGAUCUCGGAGGGUUGAUUUCGGAGGAUAAAAAGAUGAAGAGAGCCAUAGAAUAGCUGGUUAUUAUUGUCGUCAGUUCAUUGAGCAAAGAUGGGUGAGAUCGAUCUCGGUUCUACAAACGGCCAGAACGGCCCGCAAAAUGGCAUCAAGAAGAAAAUCAUCUUCAAUGCUUUUGAUAUGUCUACCGUUGGACAUUUGUCUCCUGGGCAAUGGAAGAAUCCGAGCGACAAAUCAGCCACAAAGCGCAAGCUAGGCUAUUGGAUCGAGUUGGCGAAACUGCUUGAGCGAGGUGGUAUCAAUGCCUUGUUCCUGGCUGAUACCUAUGGUGGAUAUGAUACCUACGAAGGGAAGCUCGAUGAGUGUAUCAGGCGAGCGGCACAAUGGCCUGUCACAGACCCGACCAUCCCUAUUUCCGCCAUGGCUGCCGUGACCAAGAACCUAUCCUUUGCUAUUACAGCGUCUACCACCUUCGAGCCACCUUUUCUUCUAGCGAAGCGUUUUUCAACUCUGGACCACCUCACCGACGGCCGAAUCGGUUGGAACAUCGUUACUUCAUGGAAGAAGGCUGCUUUCAAGGCUAUCGGGCUGGACAGCCCAAUUGAGCACGAUGAGCGGUACAGACAGGCGGAUGAAUACCUCCGUGUUCUGUACAAGCUCUGGGAAGGAUCAUGGGCGGAAGAUGCCGUAUCCCCAGACCCCGAAAACGACUCGUACGUUGAUCCAGAAAAAGUGCGGCAGAUCAACCACAAGGGCAAAUACUUCUCCGUGAACUCGCGCCACAUUGUUGACCCCUCGCCGCAACGCACGCCAUUCCUGUUCCAAGCCGGCACUUCUGCAGCAGGGUCUAGCUUUGCCGCUGCGCACGCAGAGGGAAUCUUUGUGUCGAGUCACUCCCCCAAGGUUCUUGCCCCUAAAAUUGCCGCAAUCCGUAAGCAGGCAGCAGAGCAAGGCCGUGACCCGCAAUCAAUCAAGUUCUUUGCAACCUUCACUCCUAUCCUCGGCCGCACUGAGGAAGAGGCAAACGCAAAGUUCGAAGAACUUAAGAAGUAUGCCUCUGUUAUUGGAGGGCUUGUGCUCUUCAGCGGAUGGACAGGUAUCGAUAUCUCAAGAAUCCCAUUGGACCAGGAUAUCACAGCCGCAGACUCCCUCGAAGCAAACAAAGUAACCAGCAUCCUUGAUAACUUCACCACAACAAGCGAGGAUGUCCCGCGAUGGACACCCCGCGUUGUCGCCGAGAAAGCUGCUAUCGGCGGCUUGGGCCCUGUUGCCGUUGGAACACCCGAGAAGGUGGCGGACGAGCUGGAACGCUGGGUUCAGGAGGCUGACCUGGACGGAUUCAACCUGGCAUAUGUCACCACGCCGGGAACCUUUGAGGAUGUCGUGGAUCUUCUUGUCCCAGAACUCCGUCGACGAGGUAUCUACUCCGAGGCGACGGAGAAGGGUCUUACUGCGCGUGAGAAGGUCUAUGGGAAGGGCCAGGCUGGGCUGAGAGCUGAUCAUACGGGGAGCCAGUACAAGUAUGAUGUGUACAAGGAGGAGGCACCUUAUGAGGAGGAAUGAUUUAUCACUUUGUCGUAGCUAACAGUAGCUCAACUUUGGUGUAGCCUAAUUUAGCUUCAGACUUGAUGGCUGAAUGAAUGGCAGGCUUGGCAAAUCCACCAGCGAAGAGAUAGGUAGGAUCGAAGUCCUCGAAGUAUUCCCC